UUACAGUGUUAGAAGUCAAUGUGUAUAAAUACUAUGUUCACAAUAGAGCCAAUACGGGGUGUUGAGGAUGCGAGCUUUGCCGACAAUACUCUCAAGAUACACACGAAUGGGUCUGGUAUUGUGCGUUUGAGACUAACUCGCAAAGGAGAAAGCUCCGAGCCUACUACAGAGAGCUUUCGCGUAAUAUUGCAAUCGUGGAGUGAGAACUGUGAAGGGUUACGGUUUGUAUCGCACGGGGCAACAUCAGACGAAGAGUUGGGUCUAUGCAAACAAACGUAUAAUGCGGAUACGAAAGUGAUGGAUUUAACGCUUACGCAGGCAGCAAGUAGAAUCGUGAUGAUUGGUGGCGAACUCAUUGCUAUCGACUUCUAUAGGUAGUUGUAGUGCGAGUGCAUACUAUCAAGUGAAUGCUGCGAGUGUCUUGGAUUGGGACAACAUUGCGAAUUGUCUCGGAAUAAGACAUUUUUGUGAGUUCCUGCACCCUGUGGAGGCUUUGUAUGCAUUGCUGUCAUAUCACUGAUAUUGGCUUCUAUAGUGUCGCCGGUUCGAGCUGGUUCUCAAAGGAACUCGUAAGCCUUCGAUUAUGUACACGUACGGCUUCUCAGAUAGGCGAAGGUGUCGAAAUAUAACGUUGCCGAUAAAUCAAACGGUGCAGAGAGGAAUUGUGUUCUCGCCAUGCUUUUGGUCGAAGUAUUAGUCAUACUGCUGAAUCUGAACGAAAGUUUCAAUAUUAUAGCCUCGUGCGAAGCAUAUUCUGGCACCUAGUAUUAGUGUGCUGCCCAAGUUUAGUAACAACAUAGACCUGAAUACAAUAUCAAUGUACAUGAUGAUUCCAAUGGGCCUUGCACAUGCACAGAAAAAAGGAAGGGAUUGUGGAUAUUAGACAUCCAUUGCCUCGUAUUCUGUAGGUCUAUAGUACUAGUGAAACAAUCGAGGUUGAACACAGUUUGCUCAAUUCGCUAUCAUCCGUAUCACCUGGCCGCCUUGAGCUCUAACAUGCUUAAUUUUGAUGACCAUGUCACUUAUUAAUGAUGGUCUAUCAAUCUUCAGUAUACACUAUACCGCUAUGAAUUUAUAAACCACGUGAGAAUUUUGCCGCUGCCGUGAGAGCCUGUAUGUGGCCGGUUGCAAUGGGUUCUGCACAUACACGAGAGACUGUGGGUAUUGCACACCGACUAUAUCAUCUCGUUCUUGGAUAGAAAUUCAGUGUUAUAUUAGAAUAUGAAAUACUGGUCACUGUAUAUCCCGCUGAUAUGUUUUGUGCUCGUGGACCACAUUUCGCUCAAUUCGCAUCUAUCGGUAUAUAUAAUUGGGCCGCCGUGAGCUUUAACAUGCUACCUAUUGGAGACGGUAUUCGCUUUUCUUUAGAUCACACAUCAAUAAAGUAUCCUCAUGUAUAAC